AUUUGCUGUUAAUUGUUCUUACUAUUGCUUUUGGUUUUGUUCUGGCAUAUAUUUACUGAUGAUGAUGUAGCUAGAUACAACUUCUAGUUCUUGUAGUAAAGUUACUGUGCGAGAUUCUCAGUUUUUGAAGGUUAAUAUUUCAGCAGUAGAAAGCAAGUAAAAGAAUACGCUGUAGAUUUUGCAGCAUGGAUGAAGAAAACACAAACAAUGAAAACCUGACUAUUGCAUCUAAGAACCGUUCACCUGGAACAGAACCAGAUAGUAGUUCGGCGAACACAGUAGGCCAACAAAAUUCUGAGAAGGCUAAAGUAGAAGAUGAGAAACUCAGCGUCGUUCCAUUUUUCAAGCUAUUUGCAUUUGCAGAUUCUAAAGAUAUUGCGUUGAUGGUCAUCGGUGUAAUUGCAGCUUUUGCAAAUGGAGCGACAAUGCCUAUCAUGUCCAUUAUCAUUGGAAAUCUCGUUAACUCUUUCGGAAAUACGGCAGGAACCACAGAUGUUGUUAAACAAGUUUCAAAGGUAGCGUUAGAGUUUGUCUAUUUGGCUGUGGGGGCUGGUAUAGCAUCGUUCUUCCAGGUGGCCUGCUGGACGGUCACUGGGGAGAGACAGGCGGCACGGAUUCGAAGUUUGUACUUCAAGAGUUUACUUAAGCAAGAAAUCGGUUUCUUUGACAAAGAGACAAAUACAGGAGAAGUUGUUGGGAGGAUGUCAGGUGAUACCGUUCUCAUUCAAAAUGCAAUGGGCGAGAAGGUUGGAAACUUUAUCCAGCUGAUUGGGACAUUCCUAGGAGGUUUUGUAAUUGCGUUCGUCAAAGGGUGGCUUCUCACACUUGUCAUGUUAUCCUCUAUUCCUUUGCUCGUAAUCUCUGGUGCGGUCAUGUUCAUUGUUAUAGCCAAUAUGGCUUCUCGUGGACAGGAAGCUUACUCACAAGCAGGCAUUGUUGUUGAGCAAACUGUUGGAUCAAUUAGAACAGUUGCAUCAUUUACCGGAGAGAAUCGAGCUAUCACUAAGUACGAAAAAUCCUUAGCAACUGCUUACAGAACGGGUGUUCGUGAGGGAUUAGCUUCUGGAGCAGGUCUUGGUUGUGUUAUGUUAGUCACAUUCUGUUCUUACGCCUUAGCGAUAUGGUUCGGCUCUAAGAUGAUAAUUGAAAAAGGCUAUACGGGAGGUGAUGUCAUUAACGUGAUUGUUGCUGUACUGACUGGCUCCAUGUCGCUAGGCCAGGCAUCACCUCUUCUGAGUGCUUUCUCAGCUGGACAAGCCGCAGCCUUCAAAAUGUUUGAGACAAUUAAUAGGAAAUCAGAAAUCGAUGCGUACGCUUCCCAUGGACGCGUACUGGAUGAUAUACGUGGAGAUAUCGAGUUAAAAAAUGUUCAUUUCACAUAUCCUGCAAGACCAGAUGAGCAAAUAUUUAAGGAGUUCUGUCUACACAUACCAAGUGGCACAACUAGUGCUUUAGUCGGGCAAAGUGGAAGCGGAAAAUCAACUGUGAUUAGCCUGAUCGAGAGAUUUUACGACCCACAAGUAGGUGAAGUUCUCUUAGACGGAAUAAAUCUCAAGGAGUUUCAACUGAAAUGGAUCAGAGGAAAGAUUGGGCUUGUCAGCCAGGAACCAGCGCUCUUUACUUGUAGCAUUAGAGAUAAUAUUGCCUAUGGAAAAGAAGGUGCAACCAUUGAAGAGAUUAAAGUUGCAGCUCAACAAGCAAAUGCUGCAAAGUUCAUAGAUAAAUUACCGCAGGGCUUAGACACUUUGGUUGGUGAGCAUGGAAUUCAACUAUCAGGAGGUCAAAAGCAAAGAAUCGCCAUUGCUAGAGCCAUUUUGAAAGAUCCACGAAUUCUUCUUCUAGAUGAAGCUACCAGUGCACUUGAUGCAGAGUCUGAAAAGGUUGUGCAAGAGGCACUAGAUAGGGUGAUGGUUAACCGAACUACUGUAACUGUUGCUCAUCGCUUGAGCACAGUAAAGAAUGCAGAUAUGAUAGCAGUCAUUCAUCAAGGGAAGAUAGUUGAAAAAGGUUCACCAAUGGAGCUCCUUAAAAUUCCUGAUGGAGCAUACUGCCAACUUAUGCGCUUGCAAGAAAUAAGUAAAGAAUCUCAAAGAGAUAAAGAAAAAGUAGAAACUAUAAUUCAUUCAGCCAAUAAUGUACGCAGUGACAUGUCCUUUAGGCGAUCUAUAAGUCGUGGGUCUAGAAGCGGAAAUAGCAACAGUAACUUCUUCCCAAAUCCAUUUGGUCCAACUAUAGGAGUAAAUAUGCAAGAACCCCCGGUGGAAGACUGUGAUGCUCCCCAUACAGAAUCUUCAAAACAUUCCACAGAUAUUCCACUUCGCCGUCUUGCUUAUCUGAACAAACCGGAGCUCCCUUUUCUACUACUUGGUGGUGUGUUUGCAGCAAUAAAUGGAGCCAUAUUCCCAGCUUUCUCUAUAAUGCUUUCCAGUAUCAUAAAGACAUUUUUUGAGCCUCCAGAUGAGCUCCGCAAGGAUUCAGGGUUCUGGGCUUUGAUGUUUGUGGUCCUUGGCGCUGUCACAUUUGUGGCAGCCCCAGCAAGAACAUAUUUUUUUGCAGUAGCUGGAUGUAGGUUGAUAAAGCGUCUUCGCUUGAUGUGUUUCAGAAAGGUAGUUCACAUGGAUAUUGGUUGGUUUGAUGAUUCUGAACACUCUAGUGGUGCAAUUGGUGCAAGGCUAUCUGCAGAUGCGUCGACCGUGCGUAGUCUUGUUGGAGAUGCACUAGGACUGCUUGUACAGAAUGCUGCAACAGCUGUUGCAUGCUUGGUUAUCGCUUUUCAAGCAAGCUGGCAGUUGGCUUUCAUUAUCCUUGUUUUACUACCCUUUUUAGGAUUAAAUGUGUGGGUUCAAAAGAAGUUGAUGAAAGGAUUUAAUGACAAUGCAAAGUUGAUGCAUGAGGAAGCAAGUCAGAUUGCUAAUGAUGCUGUCGGUAGUAUACGAACAGUCGCCUCAUUCUGUGCUGAAGAAAGGUUGAUGAAACUAUACGAAGAGAAGUGUGAUGGCCCAAGAAAGAUUGGGAUAAGACAAGGUCUGAUUAGCGGAAUCGGUUUUGGUCUCUCUUUUUCCUUGUUUUUUUGUUUGAACGCAACCAGUUUUUAUGCCGGAGGAAGACUAGUGCAGGAUGGCAAGACACAAUUUCAAGAGGUUUUUCGUGUGUUCUUCGCUCUCACAAUGAUGGCAAUGGGAAUUUCUCAGUCGAGCUCACUAGUACCAGAUUCUAGUAAAGCAAAGACUUCAACUGGUUCGAUAUUUGCAAUUCUUGAUCAUAAGUCGAAAAUUGACUCCAGCAGUGAUUCCGGCAUUACACUAGUAGAAGAUAUAAAAGGAGAAAUCGUGUUUCGGCACGUCAGUUUUAAGUACCCAAUUAGGCCAAAUGUUCAAGUACUUCAUGACCUCUGCUUGGCCAUUCAUUCUGGCAAGACGAUAGCUCUAGUUGGAGAGAGUGGGAGCGGCAAAUCAACCGUGAUAUCGUUGCUACAACGAUUUUACGACCCUGAUUCAGGACAGAUAACGUUAGACGGCAUUGAAAUUCAGAAGUUUCAGUUGAGAUGGUUAAGGCAACAAAUGGGUCUGGUAAGCCAAGAACCUGUGUUGUUUAACGACACAAUUCGAGCCAACAUUGCAUAUGGAAAAGAAGGAACCGCAACAGAGGCAGAGAUCUUUGCAGCAGCAGCACAAGCUAAUGCCCACAACUUUAUUAGUGGGUUGCAACAGGGAUACGACACAAUGGUUGGAGAACGUGGAGUGCAACUGUCAGGUGGCCAAAAGCAACGAGUAGCAAUUGCACGGGCUAUAGUGAAAGGACCAAAGAUACUGCUAUUAGACGAGGCAACAAGUGCACUGGAUGCUGAAUCGGAGCGGGUAGUUCAAGACGCAUUGGACCGUGUUAUCGUGAACAGAACUACAGUUGUUGUGGCCCAUAGACUUACAACAAUUAGGAAUGCUAACGUAAUUGGAGUGGUUAAAAAUGGGACUAUUGUUGAGAAAGGAAACCACAAUAUGUUGAUAAAUAUGGAGAAUGGUGUUUACGCAUCACUGGUAGCACUUCAUAUGAGUGGUUCAUCGAAAUGAAGUCUGUUUUAAAAUGCCUCUUUUAUAAAAGAUGACAAUAGCAAAAUCCAAAGGGCAUGUAUGAAUUGAUAGGAGCUGGGGGAGAAUCAAACAACCGUAUCACAUAUUUUGUCUUCUAAACUAUGAUUUAUUUGUUUUAUAUGCAAUUGAUUGAUUUAAAUUGAAAGUAUGAAUCAGAUU